UCAUAUUAUCCAAAAAAGAACCGACUUUAACUUAACUAGCAAAAAUAGCAUAAGCAUUAAGCAAUGUCUCUUUCGUUUACUUCCAUGGAUUUUCAGAGCUGGUUUUGUUACUAAAACCAGUCAUAAACUGUAGUAUAAUCUCAAUAAAAGAGACACAAAAGCCAUAACACUGAUCACAUAAACUAUUUAUAUAUAUAUAUAUAUAUAUAUAAAUAUGUUGAUUGGAAAAACCAAAAAAAUAAUGCUUAAAACAGCAACUUUUAUAGCCAUAGUCAGCUCCUUCGUCUUCUACCUCCUCUCACCGGUUCCCAAAUCCACAUACCAUUCCCUCUACACUUCCUUAUCUGAUAAUGCAUCCAUAUCCCACCACCUAUACACCCUCACGCGCCGCCCCCACAUCGCCGGCUCAGCCGCCAACGCCGAAGCCGCCGCCUACGUCUAUUCCAUCUUCACCUCCUCCGACAUUCCCACCCACAUAACCUCCUACCGCGUCGCCCUGAGCUACCCCGUUUCGCGUUCACUGAAGUUGAUCCCUCCGCCGCCGGAUCCGCCCCACGAGUUCGAGCUCCGACAGGAAGUCUACGACGAAGACCCUUACGCCGACGCGGCUAAAGAAGUCGUUCCCACGUUCCACGCCUACGCCAAGUCCGGCACUGCCGUCGGGCCGGUGGUCUACGUAAACUACGGACGCGUGGAAGACUACGCGACGCUGAGGGAGAUGGGUGUGAGCGUGAACGGCUCCGUAGUCUUGGCAAGGUAUGGAGAAAUAUUCAGAGGUGAUAUUAUUCGUAACGCGUACAAGGCUGGGGCGAUUGGGGCGUUAGUUUAUACUGAUAGGAAGGACUACGGCGGCGGCGGCGGUGGAGCUCGGUGGAUGCCGCCAAGUGGGGUCCAGAUGGGUACUACUUAUAAUGCGCUUGGGGAUCCUACCACGCCUGGGUGGGCGAGUACAGAGGAAUGUGAAAGGAUUUCGGAGACUGAGGUUGAGGAAAGUGGUGAAGUUCCGAUGAUACCUUCGCUGCCUGUGUCCGGUAAAGAUGGUGAGUUGAUACUUAUGUCGAUCGGUGGACAGGUGGCAAACGAUGAUUGGCAAGGGAGCGUUGACGCCCCUGUUUACAGAGUUGGACCUGGUCCGGGAAUUGUGAACUUGAGUUACACAUGUGGGGUAUGCAAUUUUUCAGGGGAGCUUGUGAUUGGGACAAUUGAGAAUGUUAUUGGUGUGAUUGAAGGAGCAGAAGAGCCUGAUCGAUUUGUGAUUCUGGGUAAUCAUCGAGAUGCCUGGACAUUUGGUGCUGUUGAUCCAAAUAGUGGAACUGCAGCUUUACUAGAGAUAGCUCAGAGACUAGGGAAGCUGCAAAAAAGAGGGUGGAAGCCUCGACGAACUAUCAUUUUGUGCAACUGGGAUGCUGAGGAAUUUGGCCUGCUUGGAUCAACUGAGUGGGUAGAAGAGAACAGGGAGUUGCUAGCUUCAAGAGCUGUGGCUUACUUGAAUGUUGACUGUGCUGUAUCUGAACCAAUGUUCUAUGCCUCUGCAACUCCACAGCUUGAUGAUUUACUCAUACAAGCUACUCAGCAGGUUCAAGACCCAGAUAACUCGUCGCGGACUGUGUACGAUUUAUGGCUAGCUUCAAGCAAUCCUGUGAAGAUUGGGAGGUUAGGAGGAGGAGGGUCAGAUUUCGCAGCUUUUGUUCAACACAUAGGAAUUCCAGCAACUAUGAUAGCUUUUGACAAUGGAUUCCCUGUCUAUCAUUCAUUGUACGAUGACUAUGUUUGGAUGAAAAAGUUUGGGGACCCUAUGUUUCAAAGGCAUGUUGCAGUGGCAAGUGUGUGGGGUUUGGUAGCUCUUUGGCUAGCAGACGCGGAGGUCUUGCCUUUCGAUUAUCUAUCCUAUGCUGAAGAGCUUCAGAAAUACACAAAGGAAUUGGAGAUUGAGAUCAAAGGUAACAAGGAUAUCAGCUUAACUCCUCUCUUCAAGUCAAUAGAGGAGCUUAGAAAAGCUGCCACCAUAAUAAACAACCAGAAAAAGGCAGUGGUAGAAAACAAAGGUUGGAAAUCCAUUUGGAGGAAAGAUCAAUCCAAGCUGAGAGAGCUUAAUGACAGACUCAUGAUGGCUGAACGAGCAUUUACAGACCGAGAUGGACUUUUAGAAAGGUCAUGGUAUAAGCAUUUGGUUUAUGGACCUUCCAAGUAUGAUGACUAUGGAUCUAAAUCCUUUCCUGGCAUUGAUGAUGCUGUUGAAAUGGCAAACAAAUUGAACACAGCUGAGUCUUGGAAACUAGCUCAACAUGAAAUUUGGAGGGUCUCCAGAGCUGUCAAGCAAGCCUCGCAGGUUCUUAACGGUGUACUCACAUGAGAAUGUAUGCGUUUAUAUUGGGAGCAUUUUUUCUCUUUUUGGUGAAAUAGGAAACAUGUUAUGUAUUAUAAGAUUUGUUUUAUGUAUUAGAUUAUGUAGUUAGACUUGGUUUGAUGUAUUUAUACUUCUAAUGAUUAAAAACUUUCCAAUGUCCACUCAUUCCAUCCCA